AUGCCGCACGCGCGCUCCGAUCUGGGCUUGGAUGAUUCGCCGGCAGAGUCGUCGAGCUUCCGCAGCCCCAGUUCUUUCCCCAGAACAAAGCGUACAAAGUGGUCUGACAGGGAACCGCUUGAUUGUUCCGCCUCGGCUUGCAGUGGUGCACGCGUGAACAUGCUUGACCGGUGUUCGGAGAGGCGUCAGAUGGCUUCCUGUAGCGGCGACCAACCACAGAGCUCAGGCAUGUUUGUUGCCACGCAGGGGAAUGUUUGUCCUGUCAAUAACGGCGGUGGGAUCUAUUCGCAGUCUGGCAUGGGCUAUUCAAAUGGUCAAAAUGGGACAUAUGGUGCAUAUCCGCAACAUCAGCCCUUUGAAGGCUGUAUGUAUGUGAAUGAGCAUGGCCAGAUGUGUGGGCCUUACGCACCCAAGCAGCUCUAUGAGGGGCUAUCCAGUGGUUUCUUGCCUCAAGAUCUUGCUAUUUAUGCUCUUGUUGGUGGGCAAAUGCUCAAUCCUGUAGCCUUGAGUUCUCUAGAGCAGUUCCUUUCACAAUGGAAUUCUGCUGGCGCGGUCACCACGCCAAAUGAAUCGAAGGAGAAUAAGACAGUGGCUCGUACUGAUAAAAUGGCGCUUCCAGAUGCUCUCUCAAGCGAUGAGUCAUGCUGGAUGUUCGAGGACAGCGAUGGUAGCCGUCAUGGGCCACAUUCUCUUGCUGAACUUUCUUAUUGGCUUCAUAGCAGCUAUCUCCAGGAUCUUUCUAUGGUUUACCAUGUUGAUAGCAAAUUUGGUCCAUUUACACUUGUCUCAUUAAUUGAUUGGUGGAGUGGAGGUCACACCGAGCAUUCAGAAGCUUCAGAGAAUGAUUCUGGGUCAGCCAGUGACGUGAUGGGUGACAUAGUCGAUGAUAUUAGUCAUCAGCUCCAUGCCGGUAUAGUGAAAUCAGCCCGCAAGAUUUUUGUUGAUGAAAUUUUCAGCUGUGUGCUUCCAGAAAUUAUCGCCUGUAGGAAGACUGAGAAGCAACUAGCUGCAAAAUCGAAACUCCUAGCUGUUAAGCCUGACAGCAAGAAGGCUUCAGCAUUAAAGGGCAAGGCUCAUGCAAAAUUUACUGAUCACAAAAAAGGAAACUCAUAUAAUACAGUACGAGCAACUUCUCCCGUGGCUGUUCAGUCAACUGCGGUGCAUGCCAAAUUUGCUGAUAUAUUAUCAGCAGUUUGGCAAACUCUUUAUUACGAAUCCAUGAAGAAUAUCUGGGAUGGGAUACUGUAUGAUCCUGUUAUGGACUACUGUGGUGCAUGGAUUAAGAGAAAUCACCAUUCAAGUCUUCCUUGUACGAGUAUUCCUGGUGGGUCUGAUAAUGGAAACAAGCAAGAAGCUGACGGAUUGAAGGUAAUAUGUGAUUCAGAAGCUAUCGAGUGCGACAUGGAUUUCCCACCUGGAUUUGGGCCAACAUUGGAGUGUGCAAGCCCUGUCUCUCCGCCGUUGUUAGAUAUUGGUUCUUGCGAUGGCAAAAAUAGUUGGUGGCGUGAAUCAAGUUCCACCAUAUAUUUUGAUCCCUCAUCAGGAGUCCAGGUAAUGCUGGCAAAUGAACUAUACGUGGCAGCAAAGGAAACUUUGUUUCACCAUUUCAGGAAGGUUAUUGCAGAGGAGAUAACAAACUGGUUGGGCUUUGGACUUGAAGACAUCACUGAUCAAGAACUAAUUCGUACUCCUGUUCAUGCACCGGACUCGCCUAGUUCUGCUGGAAUGGACAUUCAUGAAACACCCCCCAUUCCUUCUGAAAUGGCUCAAGAUAAAUUAUUGGAUAUUGCUAAAAUGACUACAGAUGCAAUAACCAGUCCGGCUGAAAUGGCUCUAGAUGCAAUAACCAGUCCGGCUGAAAUGGCUCUAGAUGCAAUAACCAGUCCGGCUGAAAUGGUUCUAGAUGCAAUAACCAGUCCGGCUGAAAUGGCUGUAGAUGAAGUGUUGGUUACAGCUGAAAUAGCUACUGAUACUGUACCCAUUCCUGCUGACAUGGUGGCAGGCGCAACAUCAUCUGUAUCUGAUGUGGCAACAGAUAAAAUGCUCACUUCUCAUGUGGAGCAUCAAUCCCCUUCUUCAUCUUAUGCUAGUAUAUUUGAAAAGCUGGAUGUAUCCGAGGCAGCUGAAUUGGAUGAGAGUUUUGAUGAGGUGCCUCCUGGUAUGGAGACUGGCUCAGCUUCUGUGCUGGUCAUGGACAAAAACAAAUACCGACCUUCAAAACCAACCAACUCUAUGCCCGGAAUUUCUAGAUACAUUACCGUGGCUAUCUGCAGGCAGACACUGCAUAAGAAUGUUAUAGAAGAGUGGGCAUCUCUCCUGUCAGAUACUAUCAGUGAGUGCCUUGAUUCAUGGUAUACCAAGCAGACUGUUGUGCCUAAAAACAUCGACGAAUCAUUGAGACCUAAUAAAGAAUAUGCGUACUACAGAAAGAGAAAGUUAAGGAACAGCUGUGAAGCAGUGUCAUCCAAAAAAGCAGUGAGAACUCCAACGGAUGAGCAGCUUUCCAAGCCUCUACGUGAGCUUGUUGAGCGCAAGGUUCAUCUUAAAAAUGUCCAGGAACCAAGGAAGGCCGGGAAGUCGAAAAAGUCCUCCAAGAGUCGUACCAAAACUCUUGAUAAUGUUGUAAACACUUUGAAUAUCGAACAAGGCUUGAAGCGGCUUUCCAAUGAUGUGCCAAAGACCUCCAUGAGUCGUACCAAAACUCUUGAUAAUGCUGUAAACCCUUUGAACAUUGAACAAGGCUUGAAGCGGCUUCCCAAUGAUGUGCCAAAGGCCUCCAAGAGUCGUACCAAAACUCUUGAUAAUGCUGUAAACCCUUUGAAUAUCAAACAAGGCUUGAAGCGGCUUUCUAAUGGUGUGCCAAAGGCCUCCAAGAGUCGUACCAAAACUCUUGAUAAUGCUGUAAACCCUUUGAAUAUUGAACAAGGCUUGGAGCGGCUUUCCAGUGAUGUGCCAAAGAUCUCCAAGAGUCGUACCAAAACUCCUGAUAAUGUUGUAAGCCCUUUGAAUAUCGAACAGGACUUGAAGCGGCUUUCCAAUGAUGUGCCAAAGAGACAAAGGACUUCUCAUCUUACUAGGAUGCCUCUGGUUGAUAACGAGGUUCCUUUUGAGAACGUUAGUGUGCCCACAAAGCUUGCAAAGAAAAGAAAGAAUAAGAACAUGUCUACUGACUCCAGUCAGAAGGCAAAACCAUUGAUUUUGUGUCCAGAGUCAGAUGGUUGUGCAAGAGCUUCCUCCAAUGGGUGGGAGUGGCGUAAUUGGGCACGCACCGCCACUCCAUCAGAAAGGACUCGUGUGAGAGGGUACCGCGUUCGGAGUAUUCUUUCAACUUCAGCUAAUAAUGUGUGGAAAAACCCACAAGUUAAAGGUACAUCUGCGCGAACAAACCGCGUUAAGUUACGAAACCUGUUAGCUGCUUCUGAAGGCACCGAGCUACUGAAAAUUACCCAAUCGAAGGCAAGGAAGAAGCGGUUACGUUUUCAAAGGAGCAAGAUUCAUGAAUGGGGUCUGGUGGCCCUUGAGUCAAUUGAUGCAGAAGAUUUCGUUAUUGAAUAUGUUGGUGAACUGAUUCGCCGGCCGGUCUCAGACAUACGUGAGGCUCAAUAUGAGAAGAGUGGAAUUGGAAGCAGUUACCUUUUUCGCUUGGAUGAUGAUUAUGUGGUUGAUGCUACAAAGCGUGGCGGUUUAGCAAGAUUUAUCAACCAUUCGUGUGAGCCGAAUUGUUAUACAAAAAUAAUUACUGUUGAGGGCCAGAAGAAGAUUUUCAUUUACGCAAAGAGGCGUAUAUAUGCUGGCGAAGAAUUGACGUACAAUUACAAAUUUCCAUUGGAGGAAAAUAAGAUACCAUGCCACUGUGGUUCCCAAAUCAAUGAACUAAGAAGUCAAGCUUAUUACUGA